UUUUUUUUCUCUUUUAACUAUAGGAACAGUUUUGAUCAGAAGUAAUAGUGGUCAGUUGAUGCUAGUAUCUCCUCAGCAAGCCACAACAAGAGCUGAGACCACAAGUAACAUAACUGCAAGGCCAGCAGUACCAACGAAUACUCAAACACUCAAAAUCUGUACCGUGCCGAAUUCUAGCUCACAAUCAAUCAAGAAAGUGGCAGUGACACCUGUUAAAAAAUUGGCACAAAUAGGAACUACCGUGGUAACCACUGUUGCGAAGCCUUCCUCAGUACAAUCUGCGGCUGUGCCAGCCAGUGUUGUCACAGUUACUCCUGUAAAGCCGUCGAAUACUGUAACUACCUUGAAGCCUUCAAGUUUGGGAGCAUCAUCCACCCCCUCAAAUGAGCCCAAUCUCAAAGCAGAGAUCUCAGUACCUGCUCAGACUGAUCUCUCUCCGACAAUGCUAGAAAAUGUGAAGAAAUGUAAGAACUUCCUUGCAAUGUUAAUAAAACUAGCAUGUAGUGGAUCACAGUCCCCAGAAAUGGGGCAGAAUGUGAAGAAGCUGGUGGAACAACUUUUGGAUGCAAAAAUAGAAGCAGAAGAAUUUACUAGGAAACUAUAUGUUGAACUGAAGUCUUCACCUCAACCUCACCUAGUUCCUUUCCUGAAGAAAAGUGUGAUUGCCUUACGACAACUUCUGCCUAACUCUCAGAGCUUCAUUCAGCAGUGUGUUCAGCAGACUUCUAGUGAGGUGGUGAUUGCUACCUGUACUGCAACAGUAACAACUGCUCCUGUAAUGACAACAACAGUUGCCCCAAUCCAGUCUGAAAAGCCCAUCGUUGUUUCUGGAGUGACAACACCCAGAACUGUGUCAGUGCAAACUCUGAAUCCACUUGCUGGGCCAGGGGGAGCAAAGGCUGGAGUUGUGACACUUCAUUCCAUGGGCCCAGCUGCUGUACCAGGAGGAACAGCAGCUGGAACUGUUUUGCUUCAGACUUCGAAACCACUUGUGUCAUCUGUACCAAAUACAGUUACAACAGUCUCACUUCAACCAGAAAAGCCAGUUGUCUCUGGAUCUGGAGCAGCAGUAACACUGGCCCUUCCAACAGCGACUUUUGGAGAAACUUCGGCUGCAGCUAUAUGUCUUCCAUCUGUGAAACCUGUUAUUACUUCUGCUGGGACCACAUCAGACAAGCCUGUCAUUGGCGCUCCAAUCCAAAUCAAACUUGCCCAGUCCGGUUCUGUCCUUCCACAACCAGCUGGUAUUCCACAGGCAGUUAAAGUCAAGCAGCUAGUAGUUCAGCAGCCUUCAGGAGGCAUUGCAAAACAAGUGACCACAUUUUCCCAUCCCUCAGCAUUGACCAUUCAGAAAUCUGGACAAAAGAAGAUGCCAGUGAACACUGUAAUACCUACCAGUCAGUUUCCAACAGCUUCCAUUGUAAAGCAAAUUACUCUGCCUGGAAAUAAAAUUCUGUCACUCCAAGCAUCUCCUAUUCAGAAGAAUAAAAUAAAGGAGAAUGGAACAACAUGCUUCAGAGAGGAAGAUGACAUCAAUGAUGUGACUUCCAUGGCAGGGGUCAACCUCAAUGAAGAAAAUGCCUGUAUCUUAGCAACAAACUCUGAAUUGGUUGGCACGCUCUUUCAGACAUGUAAAGAUGAACCAUUUCUUUUCAUUGGAGCUCUACAAAAGAGAAUUUUAGACAUUGGUAAAAAGCAUGACAUUACGGAACUUAACUCUGAUGCUGUGAACUUGAUCUCCCAUGCAACACAGGAGCGAUUACGAGGCCUUCUAGAAAAACUGACUGCAAUUGCUCAGCAUCGAAUGACUACUUACAAGGCAAGUGAAAAUUACAUCCCAUGUAGUGAUACCAGGUCACAGCUCAAAUUUCUUGAAAAGCUGGAUCAAUUGGAGAAACAGAGAAAGGAUUUAGAAGAAAGAGAAAUGUUACUUAAGGUAGCCAAGAGUCGUUCCAAUAAAGAAGAUCCAGAACAGCUGAGAUUAAAGCAGAAAGCCAAAGAGUUACAACAGUUGGAGCUUGCACAGAUACAGCAGAGAGAUGCUAAUAUCACAGCUCUUGCAGCUAUUGGACCAAGGAAGAAGAGACCACUAGAAUCUGGAAAUGAGGGGUUAAACCUUGCUUCUGGGACAUCCAGCCUGACCACCACCAAACAGUUACUCCGUCCAAGAAUCACGAGAGUCUGCCUCAGGGACUUGAUAUUCUGUAUGGAACAGGAAAGGGAGCUGAAGUAUUCUCGAGCUCUAUACCUUGCCCUUCUCAAGUGACUGCUCCACUCUCCAUCCCGAUCCUUGCUGUUUACUGCCAAAGAAGACAUAAAGAGCAUUGUUGCACUCACUGUCCUGAAAUUGCAAUUUGUGGAAAUAAUCACCAAUAUGGAAGAUCAUUGUUUACAGUUAUAAACUUAUUAAGUCUUACCUAUCCAUCCCAUGGUGUUCUUACAGACUAGAAUUCAUCUUUGUUUUCUGAAAAUCAGUUAUGAAAUGCACUUUACACAGAAGUAGGCAUUUGUCUACCUGUGCAUUUAAUUACAGCAAGUGAAGGCCCUGUUUGUUACUACCUGCUUCGUUUGCCAGAUUGUAACAGGUGAGGUGUCUUUCCCUAAUUCAGCCUGCUGUGAGAUGCAGGAGAAAGGAAGAGUCACUGCAAGGAAAUGUAAGAAAAAUACAUUUCAUCCUGUACUGAACCAGUCUCAAAGUAUGUUAGGUUGUCUGGGCUGGAAUCAGAAGUUGCUUAGCUAACUAUGACAGUCACCUUCUGUAGUUGAAGGUGACUGACCACAAAGUUGGGCCCAUGAUGACUGGUCAACUGAGUCCCAGUGUUGUCAAAAUGAGACAAGUGGGGAUAGAUUGCGCCUGGAAUUGCUAAUUCUCUGGUUCAUAACACCAUGUGCUGCUUCCGAUACCAAGUGACGGGACAUCUUUGUCAGCCAAACCUUAAAAUUGAAGCUGUUGAUGUGUACCUCAUUGAGAAAAUGGAAAAGGUGGAAAGGAUUGGAAGGAAUGAUGGGGUGUUGCAUUCAAACUGAUGAGGGAAGGUGAAAAUGGAGUCAUAAAAUGGGAACUGUGCUGCACGUGCCCAAGGGGAGCAGCGGUGGGGUUGGAAUUCCAGAACAACUGGUACAUGUUUUGUUGAUGGGGGGGAAAAAAAACCACAGCUCAACCAUAAAGGAAAAUGUACCAGAUAGGAUCUUGCUAUAUUGCCCAGGCUAGUUUUGAACUGGUUUCAAGCAGUCUUCCCAAGUAGCUGGGACUGGUCAAAUUACACUAUUUCAAAAGGAAGAAGUUAUUUUUUAUUUUUGUUUUAAAUCCCAAGAAGGAUGGUAUUUGUAAUUCCUUCUCUCAUAAUAUCUUUUAGUUACCCUAAGUUUUAAGCAUCUUGGUGUAUUUAAAAAUCCCAAUUGAUGAUUAAAAAAUUUUAACAAUAGAACUCCAUUUUGGAUUCUAUCCUUAAAAGGUAAUGUCAGUACCUCACUGUUGGGAAUCUUGGCUUUAAAUAUGAGAAGCAUGUUAUAUAUAUUCAUGUGAGGAAGAUGAUGGGCAAAGUAAAUCCUCUUUAAAAAAAUAUUCCACCUGUGUGGAAUGAACCUGGUGAAAAAUAAUAACUAGUUAGAAUCACAUGCAGAAAGAAUGAUUAAAUCCUCCAAAAAGGUUUAAAAAAAUGGGAAAUGCUGUGCUUUUUGGAAACAGAAUUCAGAGGUAGAGAAAACCACCUCAAGUAUAUUACUCAUCAUCCUGUUCUUCCCAUUGGGACUGUUAUGGCCAUAUUAUACACUAUAGUAAAUUUUAAAUGGGCCACAUUUUUUGUUUUAGCAAGUUAUUAUGUAAGAUGCUAUAAAUUAUGUAUAUGUUAAGAGUACUUUAAGAAGAGAUCUAUCCGGAAAGUCGUUUUUGUAUAUUUAAAUGCUUAGCUUUAUUUUUUUGUAAAGUGCAGCAUACUCUCAUAUUUGUGUAUAAUCUUAUUGAUCAGAUGUUUAAAAUUAUUUCAAAUACUUCAUUAAAAUAAUUAUUUUA